GUAAGCGCUCCAGUGUGUGUCUCAGCCUGCCGGCGCAAGUGUGUGCAUCGUAGCGUCGCUGUGUGUGUGAAUGUGUGUGUGACUCCAGCGCUCUCUCUGCGUACGACAGGUGGAGAUGACAUGACUGCGCUCGAGAGGAAGAAAGGAAAGGACCUACGCGGUCAGCAAGUGUUUCUGCGUCCUGAGGAAAGUUCAGCUCCAGCCCUGACUACCAGACAGUCCACCACGCUGUCCGAACAACUCCAGGAUGCUUUGCUGCGGCUGGCGGCGGUUGUCGAUGCGCGCUCGCUUCGAGUGGCCCUUCGAGAGAGCAUACAGGAGCUGCUACCCAGCACGGAGUGUGUAUGUGUCUACUUGCCGGAGGGAUACUCGAGGCUGCUAUCUGAAGACCCACCACACGAACUGCCACAGGAGGGAAAGAUCAGGAGUAUCGUGGACCAGCUGAAGCGAUGUCAGUGUGCCGGCCUUCCUCUGUCCGAACUGCCAGAGAAAUACAGAAUCUGUCUCGCAGCACCGUUACCAGCACACAGAAGAGCCGUUGUCAUUCCUCUCUUGGACCAGGAGCGGGACAAGGCCAUCGCUGUCUUACUGGUGGGCUGUAAUCCACUCUCUGAUCAGGAUGAACUUAAUCUUAACACGCUGGAGAAACACGCCUCUGUGGCGUGUGCGCGAGUCCAGGCUGUUCAGACAUCCUACCAGAGAACUCCUCUCAGCCCCUCUCCCAUACAGUCCCACAAUGCACUGCUGCAGCUCAACGUCUCAGACCAGGACUACAGCGAACUGGACCAAAACAUUCUGCAACUCUGUGGUGAGCUCUUUGACCUUGAUGCAGCCUCUCUCCAGCUCAAAGUCAUCAAUUAUCUGCAGCAGCAGACUCAGUCGCAGCAUUGUUGUUUGCUACUGGUGUCCGAGGACAACCACCAGCUUUUCUGCCAGGUAGUUGGAGACAAAGUCCUGGAGGAGGAGAUCAGCUUCCCGCUGAUGUUUGGACGCUUUGGUCAGGUUGUCGAGAAGAAGAAGUCGAUUACUCUUCAGGACAUCAGUGCUGAGGAGCGGAGGCAGCUGUCCAGCAUGUUGGGCUGUGAGAUCUCCUCCUUGCUUUGUGUACCAGUACCCAGCAGGGCCACCGGUCAGGUGGUGGCGCUAGCGUGCGCCUUCAACAAGCAGGGUGGGCAGAGACACACAGAGGCAGAUGAGCAUGCAAUCCAGCACUGUUUCUGCUACACUUCAACGGUCCUCACUUCAACUUUGGCCUUCCAGAAAGAACAGAAACUCAAAGUGGAGUGCCAGGCUCUCUUACAAGUGGCCAAAAAUCUCUUCACACACUUGGGUAAUGACGUGUCAGUGCUGUUACAGGAAAUUAUAGUGGAGGCCAGGAACCUCAGUGAUGCAGAGAUCUGUUCAGUGUUCCUGCUGGAUCGUGUCAGUCAUGAGUUGGUGGCGAAGGUGUUUGAUGGAGGCGUGGUUAGUGACGAGGAGAAUGAGUUUCGUAUUCCAGCAGAUCAGGGUAUUGCAGGUCACGUGGCGACCACAGGUCAGACCUUGAACAUAAAGGACGCCUACUCCCAUCCUCUCUUCUACCGCGGUGUGGACGACAGCACCGGCUUCAAGACUCGCAACAUCCUCUGCUUCCCCAUCAAAGAUGAGAACGAUGAGGUGAUUGGAGUCGCUGAGUUGGUGAAUAAGAUGAACGGACCGUGGUUCAACCGCUUUGACGAGGACCUGGCCACGGCUUUCUCCAUCUACUGCGGUAUCAGCAUCGCUCAUUCUUUGCUCUACAAGAGAGUCCAUGAAGCUCAGUUCAGGUCCCACCUGGCCAACGAGAUGAUGAUGUACCAUAUGAAGGUUUCAGAGGAAGAGGUUACUAAGCUGCUGGUGACGGGGGUUGAACCCGUAUUGGAGAUCCACCCGUGCUUCGCCGAGUUCACGUACACACCUCGCUCCCUACCUGAUGACACCACGCCGUUGUGCAUCCUGAGCAUGUUUGAAGACAUGGGUUUCAUCAACACAUACAAGAUUGACCUACACACUCUCGCCAGGUUCUGUCUGAUGGUGAAGAAAGGCUACAGGGACCCUCCCUACCACAACUGGAUGCACGCCUUCUCUGUCUCACACUUCUGCUACCUGCUCUACAAAAACCUAGGGCUAUCCAACUACCUCGAGGAAAUAGAGAUUCUAGCUCUCUUUGUCUCCUGUAUGUGCCAUGACCUGGACCACCGUGGCACCAACAAUUCUUUUCAAGUCGCCUCACAAUCUGUGCUGGCUGCUCUCUACAGCUCUGAGGGAUCUGUGAUGGAGAGACAUCACUUUGCCCAGGCCAUUGCCAUUCUGAACACUCACGGCUGCAACAUCUUUGACAAGUUCAACAGGAAGGACUACACGCGCAUGCUGGAUUUGAUUAGAGACAUCAUUCUGGCUACAGACCUGGCUCACCACCUUCGUAUUUUCAAGGACUUGCAGAAGAUGGCUGAUGACGGAUACAACCGAAAAAACCGUAACCACCGCUCCAUGCUGCUGUGCCUCUUGAUGACAUCGUGUGACCUGUCAGACCAAACCAAGGGCUGGAAAACCACACGCAAGAUUGCUGAGCUGAUUUAUAAAGAGUUCUUCUCUCAAGGAGAUCUGGAAAAAGCCAUGGGGAACAGGCCCAGUGAGAUGAUGGACAGAGAGAAGGCAUACAUCCCAGAACUACAGAUAAGCUUCAUGGAACAUAUCGCCAUGCCCAUUUACAAGCUCUUAUCUGAACUGCUUCCUGAAGCCACUGAGCUGUUCGAGAGAGUGGCGGCAAAUCGGGAGCAGUGGACCAAAGUGUCCCACAAGUUCAGCAUCCGCGGGUUGCCUAGCAACAACAGCCUAGACUUCCUGGACCAGGAAUACGAGCUGCUGCAGUCCCAGGGGGCUUUCGGGAGCGACGACCACUGCCUCAAUGGAUGCCUCGACGAUGCAGAAGGAGGGAGCGGUCAGUGACAACAGCGGGCUGCUGACCGUUUCUUGAAGUUUUCUGUGGUCCAAUAAGAGGCUGAGGAUACCUUUUCAGCGACCUACGAGGGAGGGAUCUCUCUGCUGUCUAUCACUUAGAUGCUUAGCAGGCCAUGCAGAAUGGACAGGACAAAGUUUCAUACUAAUUGAAUCAGACAGGUGAUUUGAAACGAGCAGAUCCAUCUGAGCCGGUUCAGUGAUUAGAUGCCACAUGUUGCUUGUGUCUCCAGUUCAGGAAAGCAGAAGGUGGUGACUUUUAUCUUUUUCAGCAGCUAUACUGGAAAAAUAAGUUUUGAACCACAAGUCACAAGUUCAUUCAUACAGUACUGAUCCUGAUUAAGAUUGUAAAAACACUCACACACACAUACACACACACACACACACACACUGACACACAUAUGUACAUGCGCAUACUGUUUCGACACACAACAGAGGAAAACAAUUCUUAUGGAAAAGACUACUUCAACAUGUAACAGUGAGAUGAAGUGCUAUACUUUCUAUAAAAUGUUUCAUAAUAGCUUAUUUUGAUUUCAAUGGCUCAGCUUUUGUUCACACACAAGCAGCUGCCAUAGUUCCUCACCUGAUGCUUAUGAAUGCAUGCUGUAUGGACACCUCAUGUAUUAUUCCUUUUCUCUUCGUCAGUGUUGAUUUCUCCAUGGCUAAGAAACUAAUGCAGUUCAUUUUUAUACCAUCAGAACAGAUUUUUGUAUCCAGCUCUUCAAAACAUAUUUAAUUAGUUCAUCACCAUGUUGUACAAGGGAGAUUUAGUUCAUUUACUUUCACACCGUUAUAUUGAUUUACUUUUCCUCGAUUUUGUGGAGGUUUAAGGGACAAAUUGACAAUCACUGAUCAAUGACAGAGUCACAGAUCCCUAGCCAUAACAACCCACUCCAUGCAUAAAACAUUAAAAACACACACCAUGUGCAUAUUAACUGCAUGUCACUGCAUCAAGUAUGCACCUAAACCUCAAACAAAGGUCGCUCAUGACCUAAAACACACCCUGUUUAUUUUUCUCCCUUGCACCAUUCUCACUUCCUUUUAACUUUGUACUUCAAUGAGUUCCUCAUACACCACUUUAGAUAGAGAGCAACCGAAGCCCUUUAAAAGAUCCAUCUCAUCUGUUAGUGUAAAUGUGCCAGAGUAGAGUGUGUUAUAUGGAGUGUGUCAUUGAGUGUGUCAUAUGGAUCUGCCUUAUUGCGCAUCUUUGCUGCCUUUCUUAGAGCUUUUAAUAUAUGAAAAUUGAAAUAAAGAGUCUGUUUAAUAUGUAUGUUGUAUAUUUGUUAUAGACAUAGUUUGAGUAUCAAUGUGGUGAAUGAAUGAUCACAAUGCUCAAAAGAUGUAUAUUUGUGGAAUACCUGUGUGAAGACCUCAGAUGUCAUGUUCACUUCUUUCUAUUUUAAGUUAUAUAUACAACCACCAGUGAAUAUUAGUUAGACACAACAGCAUUUUUUUCAGUCCUGAAUGCAUCCAAAAAUUGUUUAAAAGAAGGAACUAACGAUGUAGCCAUCAUAGAAAAGACUCUGUCCUGAAAGCAUCAACAGUUCCAUAUUGCUGCAUCCCAAAGGAAAUUAGAGUUAAGUUCUUAGACUGUGCCUCAUGUAAAAACAAAAAAGGGGGGCCAUGGGGUUUUGUGUUACAAUAUGCCAUAUUCAGUUUUACCUUACAAUGUUUAAAAUAGGAAAUGCUGCAGAGUGAGGGUAAAGUAACCACAAAAUAGUUACAUGAAGAGAAAGUUCUGUAAUGGACAACAUUACUGUAUGUAGGCCGUGUGUGGAGGGGUGAGAAUGAUUAAGCAAAUAAGUGGAUGGACAAGUGGGUGUGUAGAUGAGAGAGAGCGAGAGAGAGAGAGAGAGAGAGAGAGAGAGCGAGAGCGAGAGAGAGAGAGGACUGCAGGUAGUUGAGUUCAGGGGAAAGCUGGUGCUGAUCGUGAUGAUGCAGAUGCAAACCUCAAGUCAUCUGACUAGAAUCUUUUCAGUCGAUAAUGUUAAUGAAGGAAAAGCAAAAAUAUUGCAAUCAUUUUUAUUUUCUUGAAAGGGUCUGAUGAGGGUGCAUUGGGGAGGAAGGUUAGUUGGUAAGAUGUGAAGACUCUCUCUCUCUCUCUUUCUCUUUCUCACGUGUGGUUUCCCCACUUCUAUCACCUUUAAACCACUGUUUCAUACGUACCUGCCUUUUUCAUGUGCAAUACAAAGUGUCUGCCUCUGUGACGUUGCAUAGACUCCUAUGUAAAUACCUAUGCCUCUUGUUAAAUUAUUGUUAGGUCUGAGUUUCCGAAGGCAUUUUAAGUGUAAGAUCAUGAUGUUUCAAUGAAAAAAUUCAAAUGCCUGUGACAAUUUUAAUCCUUAAAUGCUUUGGAGACUCCAGACCUGACACAGUUUUCUAUACUGAGUGUGUAUUCGUCCCUUUAUGUUUGUUUUAGAGAGUCAGGGCUAAAUGUGCCAAACAAACAUUGUCUACUUCCUGGCCAAGCUGCAUAGUGAUAAACAGGCAUACUGUACCUACAAUUAUUUUUGUUCUCUAAUGUUGGAGGGAAGUCGAGGGCUGUGUUCGUAUGAAACCUUUUUCUGGUACAUCAUCUAGGAAUUAUAAACCCAAUCUAUUUCCCAUCAUCACAGAACAGCGGGACUCCAACCUGUGAUGUGAUGUCAUUGUAAUAAACACCCGUGACACAAUUGUUAAAAGUGGCAAAAAUAUAAUUGCUGUAAAUAUCAAAGUUUUAAAAGAAAAUGUUACUUGAUUGUCCUUCAUUAUUACAACGGGAAAUAUUUCAAUUAUUUAAUGUAUUCAAAGUGGUUUCAUCCUUUUUUUUUAAUGCCAUUUUUGAACAACCCCAAGCUUCGACCUUUAGACAAAGGAGAUGAAAGAAAACCAUAUGUGUAUUCAGGUUCUACAUAUGAUAUUCUACCACAAAUAGGAACCCAAAUUAAUCUGAAAUGUAUACAUGAUGUUUAUACUGAGGACUAAAUCCAGCCAUGUGUUAAUUAUUUGUUUUGUUCAACUCUGAGUGCUGGUGGUCUUGUUCUUCUUCAGAUGUAAUGAACACGGACAUUUUUGACAAGAAGACAAAUCGAUGACAUUUUGAGAUAUUUUUUUUCUUUCUUGGAAUAAAUCUGGUGAAAGGCUU